AUGCACUUAAAGUUAGAUGUGGAGAUUCAAAAGUUAGAGGCAGAAAAGCUACAAAAAAGGAAGAGUGAAGUUGAGGAAGAUUUGGAAAGCUUGAAAGUAGAUUAUAAGAAGCUGCGCUUAUCAAUGAGGACUGUUGGUUUAGGAAAGACUUCAGAACAAUGGCGCCAAGAGGUUCGAGAAGAAAGGGCUAAGGUAGAUCAAUGGGAAAAGAGGUUUAAAGCAAGCUUAGGUAAGAUCAAGGAGAUGAAAUGGAAAAUAGAAGAGUUAGAAAUGGCAUUACAAAGUUGUGAAAUGAGGAUUGAGUUUUUGGAGGCAAAUGAGGAACAAUGGAAGGGCCAGCUUCAUCACUCCCAAGACCAGGUUAGAAGCAAAGAUUACAUCACGGGCGAGGCUGUAAUGCAAAUUCGAGAAGUAGCUGAGUAUUUGCAAUCUUUAACGGUACAAGCAGACGUAUUAAGCAUGAAGUACGAGUUAGAGUCAGAUAGGGGACAAGAACUAGCUUCAUUGCUUAGGAAAAUUAAAGCCCUGAGUGUUAGGGAGAAGUCGUAUUUGUAA